AUGUUCACUUAUGUCAUCAAGACUGGUUCCUCUGAAGGUUCGAAUGAUUCUUUAUUCUUUUAUGAUGCAAGAUGGCUAAAAGAAAAGAAUGGUGAUCCUUUACUUUUCUUUUGUCAUCCAUGUGUCGAUAACUUGAAAUCAAUGAUUUCAGAUGAAGUCACAGACUCUGGGUCCUUGGUUAGUUUGAAUGCAGGGUUUACAAGAAGGUCAAGCGAUGUUCUGAUCGUUGGGUGCAACAGUGCUGUUAAACGGCUUGUCCAUUGGCUAAGAGUUAUUAUGCGAUGUGAUAGAUGGCAUAAUAAAAAGAAUGUGACAAUUACCAAUGGACAAGCCGUUUAA